AUGGAGAGACCCUCCCCUGAAGCCGAUGUUAUCUGGUGGGACUCGAGUUCGUACUACGUACGAUGUCCGUUCUGCGAAGGGGUUCAUCGGCAUACCGUAAACUGGCAGACCAGUCUGUUUAGAGUAUCAGAUUGCGAGAAAGGGGAAACUUACCAAUCCUGCUUUCCCAUUAAUGAUCAAGGGGAGGUCGCGUAUGAGAUUGAUAAGAAACGUGAGCGAUAUGUCAAUAUUUGUGUAUCGAACGAUAGCGAUACUGAGGCCGAUGACAAUGAGGACGAAGACGACGUUGAUCGCCUGGCAACUGAAAUGGCUCAUAAGGCUACUAUCGCAGCAGAGAGGGAAGAACGUCAUCUGAGUAUCACCAGGGACGCUAAAGAAACUAUUAUCCACACUAUAGAUGGUGAAAAAUCUUUCGAAUAUAGACUGAUCUAUGACGCCAUCACAGACUGCUUCAAUGGCAAAACAAGAGCGGUGCAGGGAUAUUUGAAGACGUCUAGUGAGGCUGAGUUGUUUGUUCGGGGACAACACCCCGAUGGUAAAACAAUGCUUAUCUCUGCGGCGUCAGAAAAGACCCCAGAAAUGCUGUCACUUCUCAUUGAACACGGGGCUGACGUGAAUGCCGUUGACAAUCACGGAAGGAGUGCUCUCAUGGAGGCAGCGCUUUUUGGUCGGGUUGGCAAUGUGAAGGUUCUCCUCGAACACGGUGCAGACCCAAAUAUCCGGGAUGACGAGAAUCGACGGGCAGUUUACUUUGCUCGAGAGUCUCGCAAAAAUCGAAAAGAGAGAAAUGUUCGUACCCAGGACACUUACGAAAUGCUUGUUGGCCGCCAAGAGAUUGUACGCCUUCUCAGUGGAGAGAUUCCAAAGUCAAAGAAUGCUUUUGGCAAACCUCCCACACCAUCGCUCUCUCGGCCCUAUCGUUUUCUAUCCUCCAACGGUGGAUAUACGAAGGUAUUACAUGGACCAAUCGAAGAGUAUCCAAUGACGAAAUGCGGGAAAACAGUGGCGCGGCUGGAACGAGGAGGGAAAUUCCCGUCUGUUGGUGCGAUGAGCGGAUGGUCACAUACUCCUGCGCAACCACUAAGAGUCGACGCUCGUCAGUGGACAGAUGAUGUCUUUUACAUCGCGGAAAUAGUGGGCCACCAUUUGGCUUCCCAUGCUUGUGAUCAGGGUAUAUGCGGUCAGUACAAUGCAUGCCACGCAGAAAAACAGUUGAUAGCAUAUUUCAUUGAUCGCCAUGUUUUCCUUCCACGCGAUGGCCUCCCAGAUCCGAAAUUAGAGGAGGAGAUCACUAGGGUAGAGGAUGAGCUGGAAAGGAUAACUUCAUGCACGGAAAUAGGACGCGUGGUGGCUUCUCUACGGAAGGAGAAGCAGGAACUCGAUGAUGAGCUUUUUGAUGGAGAUGAGAAGCUAGUCGGAAAAGAUGAUGAGAUCAAGAAACUGGAGUCAAAACGCAGGGAUGUUAAAACCGCACUAAAUCAGCUUAUUGCUAGUCCUCGCGCGCGACGAUUACGGAUGCUAGAAUGCAAGCUGGAGAUACUAGGUGUGCAGCGACAGAGACAUGAAGACCUGACCGAAAUGGCUGAGGCACCACCGCCACCGGCUUCACUAUCCGAAGCGGCCAUAUUGGUCAGUUCAGUUCCUUGCGAUGACUGCAAAGCGUUCACGGAAAGAGUCAACAAGCACUUUGGAUUAUGUAUACAGUUAUUCGCAUCAGUUUGA